ACGAACAUGAUAAGACGAGAGGACUCAAUCUGCGCAAGGUGAACGAGCAGAGCUCAUCUGUGAGAUAGGCGUGAUAUCGGGAUCCUGAUGGGUCGCGGCCAACGAAGAAACCAAUCCUAGCUCCGUGAAGCCACCACGCUGCAUCUUCACGACCUCCAUUCAGAGGAGCGCACAUUGUGCAACGAAGCAUUGAGAUGGCGUCAGAACGCUCUCCACUCCUACAGCAAAAUGGAACUCCGAUCGAAGAAAACGACCAAGAUGAUGAUCUUGUCAAAAGCCAUCCAAACAGGAUAUCGAAUUCAAGCCAGAUCAUGCCUGCUGCGAUAGCAAGACUAUGGGGCCCUCCCAGCACCGAACGCUCCCUUUUGAUCAAGCUCGACUUUACACUCCUCUUAUACUUCUCCAUAAUCUGGUUCCUCUUCGGCAUCAACAGAUCCAGCUACAGCACAGCCUACAUCAGCGGCAUGAAAGAAGACCUGAAUUUCCAGGGCAAAGACUACAACUAUAUGACGACAAUUUACCUCAUCACCUACGCCAUCUUUCAAAUUCCUUCCACAUCCCUCCUCACAAUUCUCAAGCCGCGCUACGUUUUUGUUGCCGCGAACACGAUCUGGAGUGUACUCACCCUCGUCACCUUCCGCGUGGAAAAGGUCUGGCAAGUUUUCGUCCUCAAUGCCUUUGAAGGCGCUUUCUCGGCCAUCGCGUAUGUUGGAGCGCAUUUCAUUUACGGAUCCUGGUACAAGCAAUCAGAACUUGGUGCGCGAGCGGCGGUAUUCUGUGGCUUUGGCAAUCUGGGGCAAAUGGCGGGAGGUUGGAUUCAGGCCGGGUUGAUCAAGUCACUGGAAGGGAGAGAAGGAGAGGGUCUGCCGGCUUGGAGGUUGAUUUUCGUGGUGGUUGCUGCCAUGACGAUUCCUUUUGCAGUCUUUGGGUGGUUUGCGAUACCGGAUUUGCCGGAGCACAAGGCGGCGAGGUAUUUAACGGAGGAGGAGAAGGACCUUGCUGCCAAGAGGCUAGGCGAGGUGGGAAGGACGGAGUGGGAUUGGAGUGUGCUGAGGAGAGUGCUGCUGAGCUGGCAGUUCUACCUUCUGCCACUGGUCUUCAUGCUCUACUCUCUGGUGGUACAGGCGAUUGGCAACAAUGUCAUACCGUUGUGGAUGAAGAGCCGCGGCUACUCCUUGGUGCAGCAAAACAACUAUCCGACCAUCGUGCACGCAACCGGGAUCGUCGCGACCUUCGCAUAUUGCUACAUCAGCGACAAACUUCGGUCUCGAUGGCAGUGCUCGCUGGCCAUCGGCUUCACAUUUAUCAUCUGUAGUGCGAUCUUGGUCUCUAACCCAUCAUCGGACGGCGUGUAUUUCUUCGCCUUCUACCUCCUUGGAACCACCUACGCCCCUCAAGCUCUUUGGUAUUCAUGGAUGGCCGAUUUGACCGGCCACGAUCUCCAACUCCGAGCAAUCACAACAGGUUUCAUGAACAGCUUCGAUUUCGCCUUCGUCACCUGGUGGCCUCUGAUCUUCUUCCCGGUGACUGAUGCACCAAAUUAUAAAAAGGGCUACAUCGCGAGUCUAGUGACUGGGUGUCUUACAAUUCCAGUAAUAAUCACGAUCGCGAAACUGGAGAAACGUGGUCGCGCGGAAGGGACGAUCGGACGAGGAUUCGCUGAAGAAGACUCAGGUUACCAAUCUCCGGACCACGAACCAUGGGAACAAACGCCGUGGACGACAGCGUCAGGCUCACCUGUACCAAACGGUACGCGUGGCACAGCAGAGCAUAUCGGGCAAAAGGGUACAAUCGCUACAGUCACGCCCAGCACAGCAAUCUGAGGGAAGUCGGAGGUCGGAAUAACAUUUCUGGAUAUUCUCCCCUGCUGGCAGUUCUUUUUCGCACCUCUUGUCGCUACUCGGCGUUCAAAUACCCAAAAUCACUCCCCAUGAACACUACCAAUACAGCCGAAUACCUGAC